AUUCGCAAGUUUUCUGAUCCUUACUCACUUCAAUAUCCCAUCAUCAUAUUCUAUAUCAACUCACCGUUAUUCAUAAAACUUUCAAAAUUCCAAAUAUCUAGGGACAAUACCUACCCAAAACCAGAUAAAACGACGUUAACACAUACACAUACACAAAAUGUCUUCCUCAACCUCCAAUACUACGGAUUAUGCAAAUAUUCCUACACCUCCAAAAACCAUUGCGGAUUUUUGUUUGAUUCCUGUAAGUUUUCUUCUAUUACUUCUACAUCUCUUCUCUUUCUUUCUUCUUUAUCCCUUUCUUUCCUUUCGCUUAUCCCAAAUACUCUCUUCCAUUCAAUUUCUCAAAGAACUUAAGGCAAUACUAACACCAUCAGAUCGGUACCACGACAGCCUCGGUAUCCAAAGAAGUAGCUGCUGUUCAGAGAUUGAUGAAGGCUAGUGGAUUGAGUUAUAGUAUGCAUUCUGCUGGUACUACUGUUGGUAUGUUUUUUCAAUCUUUUAUUUCUAGAUUUUUUAUUCUUAUGUGAUAUGAGGCGAAAUUUAAAUUAUAAAGCCUCGAAAGGUGAUAAAAGAGUUUUUGCAAGUGCCGAUACAUGGUUCCUUUUAAUCACAUAUGGAUACUCAAACACACCCUCGCAAACUAUUCUAUACCUAUAUCAUCCCUUCUGUAGAAACCUUCCUUCUCAUCUACCUAUGCCGGCUUUUUCCAUUUCCUACCAGCUUCCAUUCAAAUCCACAUCCACGAACAAAACUAACCAUUUCCCUUCCCGGAAAAUAGAAGGUUCCUGGGACGAAGUCAUGCGCGUAAUAGGUCAAGCACACACACUAGUCCAUCAAAACGGCGUUGUGCGCGUGCAGACGGAUAUCAGAGCAGGGACACGAACGGAUAAGAAGCAGACUUUUGAGGAGAAGGUUAGUAAGGUAGAGACUUUACUUGCUGGGGAUGAGUAAGUAUGGAGGAGGAUGGAAGGGGGGAUGAGAGGAAUGAUGGGGAAAUUGUGAAUGAAUGAAUGAAUGACUUCAAAGUUUGUUGGCGAGUUUUGGUCAAGUAUGAAUUGAGUUGAAUCGAGUGGGGAAAUGGUUGAAUUGUUGAUCAGAGGAUAUAAUUCGAUUAUUGUAUCCUUUUGUGGGGCGGAAAAAGUCAAAAAGUCGAAAUAUCAAAAUGGUCAAAGAAAAACGGAAGUAACGAAGUCAUGAGCAUAUGCAAAAAAAAUGACGAGCUCAUUGAAAGAUUGAAAGAUGGACGUAAUGAAAUCAUGGGCAUCUACAAACAGUAAGGAAUGAAAAUAAGCAUAUAAGCACAUAUGGGUAUCUAGCAAUGAAUGAAUGAAUGAAUGAUAUCAAUCUC